UCGAAGUUCCAAGUGGCAAAAGAGUUGGGUCUACUCCAUCAAGCUUACGCCUAAUGGUCACAAAUUUCAAACACAAAUAAAUAUUGCGUUCAAAUCUUACAAGUUUCAGCUGUUUGCAUACGACAAAGCGAAUGUGAAAGAAGACACAGAGCGUUCAUUUGUAACCUUCACCACUCAAUCCGAAGCUCUUUUAGAAAAUCCACCACCACCAGACACCGACAUCACCGGAAAAAAAUAUGCAAAAACUCUAUGGGGAGGGGUUAAAUGAUCAUUUAUCAUGGCAGAUCACCAGCAAGACGAAGAGUGGCGGCAGCGAGUGGGAGAUAGAGGAGGUGGUCGAGGAGAUUCAAGCCUCCACAGGUGCGCCCAGAAACUCUCUGAGCUUGUUGGCGGCGGCGGCAGUCGACGGCGAUGAGAUUUAUGUGGCUGUGGGAAAGAACAGCUCAAGCAUGGAAGCCUUGUCCUGGGCUCUGAAGCAUGUUGCAAAGCCUUCAAGUAUUGUCUACCUCAUACAUGUCUUCCCUGAGGUGCUUAGUAUUCCAACUCCAUUGGGAAUGCUCCCAAAGAGCAACGUGAAUCCACAGCAAGUAGACGCAUUUAUGAAUCAAGAGAGAAACAAGAGAAGGGAAUUGCUCCAGAAAUUUCUGAAUCUAUGCAUGGCUUCCAAGAUACAAGCAGAUACUCUGCUAAUUGAGAGUGAUUUAAUUGAAAAGGCCAUUGUAGAUCUUAUUCCAGUUCUACAUAUCAAGAGACUAAUCAUAGGAACCACAAAAUCAAACCUCAGGAAUGGAAAGCUGAGGAAGAAACGCAGUAAAGCAGAGGUAAUAUAUAACAAUGCACCUCAAUAUUGUGCAGUGAAGAUAAUCUGUCAAGGAAAAGAAGUUAAAGCUGCAGAUCAGACACAGUCAUCUUCCUCACCCUCCAAUAAUUCCAGUAGCAUUCAGGGAAAUGGAAAUGGAAGAAAAAACAGGAAUGUUAUGAGUUGUACAUGGUUCCCUAGAAAGUUUAUGUAGCAUUCUUCAUACAAUUCAUCAUCUGAAGUUUUUUUUUUAAUAUAUAGUUUCAUUUGAUGUGUAUCUGCUGAGUAGCAGCUCUGCUACGGAUUAGCAAAAGUUAGAAUGCCUCUCAAUUUUUCAUGUAUCCAAACAAAAAUUGCAUUUUGACGUGAAAAACACAAUUCAAUGAGUUUACUUUAGAUCUU